AUGGCAGUAUCGAUAGAGGAUCUUGUUCGAGGUGGCAAGUAUGUUAAUGCAGUGGCCGGAAUCUUUUUCUGGUUAUUUGGUGUCGCUGGAUCUCUCGCAAUUCUCAUUAUUUUCUCAUCAAAACGGCAACUUCGUCGCACCGCUUCUAGUCAAUACAUUCUCGUUGCGGCUAUUUUUGAUCUUGUUUUUUUGGGUAUUGCUCUUGGUUAUCGAAUAAUGACCGAUGGUUUAUCAAUUCAAGGUGACUUCGCUCUUUUUUUUUAUAAUACAGCCAUUUGUAGAAUUCGAAACUAUAUAACUGGCUUGGCCAAUUUUGGUACCUUAUAUACAAAAUGCCUUUGUACUUUUGAUCAAUGGGCAGCAACCGAUCGAUCGGCUGACAUUCGUCGAUUUAGUUCUAUUAAAUGGGCUCGAAUAUUUCUUACAGUAAAUACACUCGUAUGGGUAUUCAUGAAUAUACCUCAAUUGAUUUACAAUGAUAUAAUUAAGAGUUCUUCUGGAGCAUUGUCAUGUGUUAACACAUCAAAAGGUUACAUUUAUGCUUAUUCUUAUUUCCUUCUCCCAGUGAUCUACUUCUUUGUGCCUUUCAUUUUUCUGAUUGUCUUUGGCUAUUUAACUUGCACUCAUGUUAAACAAUUAAAUCAAGGUUCUUUAAAUCAAGGACGUUUUCGUCGCAUAGAACGACAAUUAACUUCAUUGAUCAUUGCUCAAACAUUGGUUUGCAUUAUUACCUCAGUACCUUAUGGUGCUCAAUAUCUCUACACAGGUAUUACACUUACUCAACCAAAAGAUCCCUAUCGUCUUGCUAUUGAAGCACUGAUCCAACAUGUUGUUCGACUCAAUUUGUAUGCCAGUAGCGCCGCUCCUUUUUACGUCUAUAUCUGUUUAUCGAGCGAAAUUCGACGAAUGGCUAUUCAUUUAGUACUCUGUCGACUACAUAAGAUUAAUGAAGUUGUUCCUUCACAAACAUUUGAUAAGACAGCCAAUCGAAUGAUGACUGAACAUCAUACAACGAGAACAAUCCAUCAAAUUAAAAAUAAUUGA